GCAAGGGAAGGAGUUCCUGCAGCGGCGUGAAUUCUGAACGAGAGCCCUGACAGCUUGAGGUACAGCAGUGAAUGCUGAACGGAGAGAGGCCGUGCACAGAUUUAAGGAAUCUGGAGAGAAGCUGAUAAAAUUGACAUCCCCCUUUGAUGACAGAUGAAAUGAAUCAGAUCUUUGGAUCACAUUUUAAAAGUUUGAGUUUGUAAUGUUUCAUAAGGUUGGUUAUUAGAACUGAAAGAUUUCCAGACUAUCUGAUCUGGUUUCAGCACAAAAUCACUGGUGUCACUGUCACUGGCCACUGGAUCUUGGAUUUGUUUUCUGAUGUUUUCUUGAAUUUCAGAUUUUUAAAUUAUAUUUGUUCGUCAUCUCACUGGUGCAAUCAUGGCAGCAACUGGUUAUGGAUAUUAUCGCAUUAUUAUAUUCAUGUCAAUGUUUGUGGGAUACAUGCUGUAUUACUUCAACCGGAAGACUUUCUCCUUUCUGAUGCCUUCAGUGAUGGAAGAAAUUGACCUGGAUAAAGAAGAGCUUGGUCUGAUCACCAGCAGUCAGACUCUGGCCUACGCUAUCAGUAAGUUUAUCAGCGGAGUGCUUUCGGAUAAGAUCAGUGCUCGCUGGCUCUUCUCCAUUGGGCUUUUCAUCGUGGGCAUCAUAAACAUCUUCUUCUCCUGGUCGUCUACUGUCAUGAUGUUCACCUUGCUUUGGUUCAUGAAUGGGUUUGGUCAGGGUUUUGGCUGGCCACCAUGUGGAAAAGUGCUUCGGAAGUGGUUUGAACCAUCUCAGUUUGGGACGUGGUGGGCUGUCCUGUGCUGUAGUAUGAACCUGGCCGGUAGUUUGGGACCCAUCAUCACCACAGUGUUGGUUCAGUACUAUAACUGGAGAAUCAUCAUGUCCAUGUCUGGGGUCAUCUGUAUGGCCAUCGCUGUUGUUUGCCUUCUGCUGGUGAAGAACGAGCCCAGUGAUGUUGGGCUUCCCAGUAUUGAGCUUGGAGCUAAAAAGGGCAAAGGAAUGAAGGGAGCUCCUAAUGAUGAAAGCACCUUGAAAGACUUCCUGCUGUCUCCCUACCUUUGGGUGCUGUCUGCGGGCUACCUGGUCGUGUUUGGGGUGAAGAUCGCCUGCACUGAUUGGGGUCAGCUCUUUCUCAUGCAGGAGAAAGGCCAGUCUGCAAUGAUGGGCAGUUCGUACAUGAGUGCCCUUGAAGUUGGUGGCUUUUUUGGCAGCAUUGGAGCUGGUUAUCUGUCUGACAAGGCUGUUGCCAGGCAAGGGUUGGGGACCUAUGGUAACCCUCGUCAUGGGCUGCUUCUGAUGAUGAUGGCAGGUAUGGCUGUGUCCAUGUACCUCUUUCGGGUCACCAUCACGCCAGAGACUCCAGAGGAAGUACCGCUUUGGGGUUUGGCUCUCCAUCCAGUUUCAGUUCUCACUGGUGUUUCAGAGAAAGAGCUUUGGAUUUUGAUUCUUGGUGCAGCAUUUGGAUUUUCCUCAUAUGGACCAAUUGCUUUGUUUGGGGUGAUUGCGAGUGAGAGUGCCCCCUCCAAUUUCUGUGGGACGUCCCAUGCCAUAGUAGCUCUGAUGGCAAAUGUUGGUGCGUUCAUGGCUGGUCUGCCGUUCAGCACCAUUGCGAAAAACUACAGCUGGGACACGGCAUUCUGGGUAGCAGAGGUCACCUGUGCCAUAACAACAGUUUGUUUCUUCUUUGUGCGUAACAUGCGCACAAAAAUGGGCCAUGAACAUAAAAAGAUGGACUAAUCCUCUGAAAAUUAAGUAAUCAGUGAGCCAUGCCAAUGUAACAGCAUGCUGCCAAUCAGAGACCGUUAGGACAUCUGUUCUGAAAAAAUGGCUUCAUGGUUGUAAUGUCAGUGUUCCUGUUAUUUGUAGUAAAAACAUAUUUUUUUAAAUAUGCUCUCAGAUCACGUUCAGUAUUACAUUAUAGCAAACCUUUUGUCAUCAGAAAUGGCACUUAAUUCUCUUUUUAGCAAGAGAAAAUGUAGCUCCAUGGUACAUCUAUCAAAAGAAUAAAACCUUUACUGUUUUUAAAAAUAGAAAUGUUUACGUUCUUUCUAAAUCUUAAGAGAGUUUUUUUUGUUUUGAAGGGUGAG